AUGAAUUCGAGCGCUGCGCAACAUGACCAGGAUGGGGAGGCUAAGCCUCAGAAGGAUUACCAGCUCCUUGAAAUUGAAGAUCCCUACACAAACCUUGAUCCCCCUGUUGGAGUUAUGAGAUCUAGGAGUAAGCUAAGCAAUGCUUCUAAGAUAUCAGUAUCUUUGUUCGAAGUUUCUUGAGUGUCUGACAAAGACACCAAUGAAAAAAGUGGUUACAUCAAAGGGAUUUUAUUGAUGGCUACCACAACUUUGAUCUGGACGAUUAUUCAUAUCUCUAUAAAGUAUAUGUUCUCUAUAUCUCCAAAUAUGUCUGCGUUUGACUCCAUCUCAGUGGUGGCUUAUUCCUUGGUUCCAUUUUACUACAUCUACGCUAAGAUUGAAAAAGUGAAUGUGAACAUCUUCAGUUUUACUCCUAAAAUGCGAUUGGUUAUUUUGCUAAGAGUCGCGGUUGGCUUACUCAACAACAUUUGCUUGUUCUUUGGCCUACAGUAUGUAUCCAUUGGCAAAGGGAUCCUUAUCUGGAGUAUGAGCCCCUUAUUUUGCACAAUCACCGCUGCAAUCUUCCUUAAGGAGAAGAUUACAUUUCAAAAUAUUGGCUUGAUUCUCUUCUCGAUAUUCGGAGUGUAUCUAUUAACAUUGAACAAAUCUGAGGACCCAGAAGUCGCGUCAAAUGAGAUUCUCGGAUAUUGCUUAUUGGUGACUUCAGCCUUCCUAUAUGGUUUAUUAUUCGUAAUUCUCAGAACAAUGAGCCUCAACAACGUGCACACGCUGAUUUCGCCAUUGUACUUCGGACUAGGGACUCUGCUGCAGAACAUAUUUAUAAUGAUUUUCAUGCCUGGAUUGUUACAUUUCGAAGAAUACAAAGGCACAAAUCUAAUAUGCUUGGGAAUCUUGUUCAUAGGCGUGGUUGCUGGACAAUUCACAUUUAUGGCAUCUACAAAGUACACCUCUGCAUCUGGACUGGCACCCAUCGCUUAUAGUGAAAAUAUCUUCACGAUUCUGGCAGAUAUCGUAAUUUUCAACUACCAUUUCAUCUUCACUGACAUGAUCGGCAUCGUCAUUAUUGCACUUUGCCUGGUUAUUCCUAUUGUUCAGAAGAUCAAGGAAUAAGAAAAUUUGUAUUAAAUAUU